AUGGGCUCCGAUCCUCAGUACGCAAAGUGGCCGCUGUUGCCCCUCGCUCAGCAUGUCUUCACCCUCACAAACCCCUACGCCGCCCGGCCCGCCCAGCAGGCCGCCGUGAAGAGCUUGCAAGAUGCCAUCAACGAGCAUAAGAUGGCCCCGCUCUAUAGGUACCUCGCCCACCCACUCGACGGCAUCCUCAACGCCUCGGGCGAGUCGACAUCCUCCUCUGCCGCGCAGCCUAGACCGACAGGCCGGAAACCCAGUGCGGCCGGCAUUACCGGCGGUCGCUCAACGACAGGACCUUCACUGCCAUGGGACGAGGCCGUAUACCAGCAGCUCAAGGCAGACAACGACAAGGAGCUCGAGGAAAUCCAGAAGGAGGAGGAGGAGGCCAUUGAGAAGGCCGGUGACACCGAGGUUUCCGCUGCCAGAGGCAAGCGCGCCGAGUUUUAUGCAAGGAUCGGCGACAAGGAAAAGGCCUUGGCCGCCUUUGAUGAGCUGCUUGAGAAGACUGGCAUUCUCGGCACCAAGAUCGACCUCGUCCUGGCCAAGAUUCGCAUCGGCCUGUUCUACGGCGACAAGAACUUCGUGAAGAGCAACGUCGCAGAGGCGAAGACACUGGUGGAGACGGGAGGAGAUUGGGACCGCCGGAACCGCCUGAAGGCCUACGAGGGCCUACACCUUCUGACCGUCCGAUCAUACAACCUCGCGGCUCCACUGCUGCUGGACUCUUUGUCGACUUUUACCAGUUACGAGUUGUGCACGUACUCCAACCUCGUUGUGUACUCAGUUCUGGCUGGUUCAGUAUCUCUGAAGAGGGUGGAUUUCAAGAGCAAGGUUGUGGACGCGCCUGAAAUCAAGGCUAUCCUGGGUGCAGAUGGCGAAGACAAGCUCCUAGCAUUGUCAGGCGCGAUCUCUGCAGGGCCAGGUGCCGAGGAUGCCGAUAUGCAGGAUGCUAAAAGCACAGCUACACCGGCGACCAAGAAGGGCACCGCAGUUGUCAACCUGACCACACUCGGAACCAGCACAGACCAGCCAGAGGCAGAGGUCGCCGUCGACUUUUCGCCACUGGCCCAGCUCGUCAACAGCCUGUAUAACGGCAGUUACAAGCACUUCUUCCAGGCACUUGCCUUGGUUGAAGAGCAAUUCCUGACGCAAGACCGCUACCUGCACGAGCACAAGGGUUGGUUCGUGCGCGAGAUGCGGUUACGCGCCUACCAGCAGCUUCUACAGAGCUACCGAGUUGUCGGUCUUGAGAGCAUGGCCAACGACUUUGGCGUCAGCGUGGACUUCCUUGACCGCGACCUGGCCAAGUUUGUCGCCGCUGGCCGUAUCCCCUGCACGAUAGACCGCGUCACAGGCAAGGGCAUCAUCGAGACGAAUCGCCCCGAUGACAAGAACAAGCAGUACCAGGACGUCGUCCGGCAGGGCGAUCAGCUCAUCACAAAGCUCCAGAAGUACGGGCAGGCUGUCCGCCUGCGGGGAAGCGAAAGAGCGUAG